AUCUCCUUGCUUCUUUCUCCCUCUCGCCUUCUCUCUCGCUUGCCAGAUACACGCUCACUACCUCCCCUUUGUAUCUCAAUCGUCCUGCAAGCAUCUGAGGACCCCCCCCCUCCCCCCGAACCAUUCCUCGUCGUUUACGCGCCUCACCGACCCUGUCCAGUAUUUGUACGGAAAUUCUCUCUCCAAUACCACUUUGACACGUUAGCCUCAUCCCUUCAAGCAUGCGUCAAGCGCCUUUGGCCGCCAACAUCGCCAUCGUGGGCGGCAGUAUCAGUGGACUCGGAUGCGCAUACGCUCUGGGUCGAAGUGGCCACUCCGUACACGUCUUUGAGAAAUGCCCUCAACGUCACUCCCAUUCUGCUGGUAUCCGAGUUCCCCCAAAUAUGCAAAAGUUGUUCGUUGAAUGGGGAAUAGAGAAGGAGCUUGAGAAUGCAUCCGUGGCGCGAAGAAGUGAUAUGUAUGGAAUGGCGGACGACGAAUAUCAGGGGUUUCUGCUAUGGCAAGCAGACGUGUUAAGAGAAGCGGGAGGCGAAUUCUCCACCAUGAGCUGGGAUGAGCUGUACGAGUCAUUGACGGCUCUUGCGCUAUCGGUCGGCGCAAAAAUCACGUAUGGUGCUAACGUUGUUUCGGUGCAUCCCGAUGCGAGCAAGAAACCGGUGUUAGAAUUUGCGGACAGGACGACAUAUACAUCAGAUGUCGUCGUGGCCGCCGACGGAAGUAAAAGCAGACUGAGAGAGGUCGUUGAUAGGCAUAUGCAUAUGCCUGAAAGGUACCACAAUCGUGUGGACAUAGCCGUAUACUCAAUUAUCGUUCCUGUGGAGAAGCUGGAGCGUGAUCCCGACUUUAAGAAGCGGCUAGAUGCUGUACGGGGGCGAUUCACUGUGUGGAUGGGUGAUAGAAAGUGGCUCGUCGGAUACCCUGUGAAGAAGAGUACAGAGUACUCUAUCCAUGCCUAUUUUUAUGGCGAAGAUGUUGAAGACUUUGAUGGCUGGGGCUGUACCGUGCCAACAAGCAGCAUUGAUUUUACUGGAUGCCAUAAGAUGUUCUCGCGAAUAUUCUCAGAGUCUCCAACGGCGCUGAAAUCCAAGUACAUUGAUACUCACGUUGAGGAUUGGGUCGACAGGUCGGGACGAAUAGUACUAGUAGGGGAAGCAGCGCAUCCUAUGCAGCCGUGUUGUAUUCAUAGUGCAAGUCUCGUUAUGGAGGACGCGGUAGUCUUAGGCACACUGUUCGAGCGACUAGCACAUCGGGACCAGAUAUCUCAAUUGCUCGAGGCAUUCUGGGAAUUACGGCAAAACCGGUGUCACAUCGUUCACACGUCUGAAUUGGCCACGUCGACGGCGUUGUCGUUACCGCCGGGGGAAGACCGGGAGGCAAGAGACGCCAGCUUUCGCCUAUCAUCAGUGGAGGAAACAUGGGAUGAAGAGAAGGUUUUGGAGCAGUGGGACGUAAUAGCAGCGGUGUUUGGAUAUCACGCCCGGGAGUCAGCAGAAGAUUGGUGGAUCAAGUGGGGAAAGCUUGAUCGGCGGGCGGCAAUGGUACCGAUGAACUUGCCAGUGACGCUGGAGAUAAAGCAUGAAUAGCCGUGUGUUGUUUCAUUCGCAGUUCCGAGGUGAAGACAUGACAAUACUAUAAACACUGUUACAGAAUAAGGAAAG